UGCAGCUGUUGCUGGUAGCCGUGGUAGGUUGUCAACUGAAGGGUUUGGUUACUGUUGCUGCUGCAAUGAAAACAUCGGCAGUGGAUGAUGAGACUGGAUCCAGCCCAUUAAUUACUAAGAUUUGAGUGUGCGCGUAUGUUAGCGGCGCGAGCAUGUAGCAUGCGCCGUUUCCUGCAGAGUCCAGGCUCCACCGGGGACCUCCCGCCGGCUGCCCCCAUGCGCCCCUCCCCCCAGGACACGCCUCACUGAGCCUCCUCCCCCCCACCCCCCCCAGGCCAAACCUCCGCCGUCAUUUGUCUUCAUGAAGAUUCCUGACAUCGGUGAUGUGAUGAAUAAAUUUGAGGUCCUUGGGAUCGUAGGUGAAGGAGCCUAUGGAGUGGUCCUGAAGUGCCGGCACAAGGAGACAAAUGAAAUUGUGGCCAUUAAGAAGUUUAAGGACAGCGAAGAGAAUGAGGAGGUCAAGGAGACGACGCUUCGGGAGCUGAAGAUGCUUCGCACGUUAAAGCAGGAGAACAUUGUGGAGCUUAAGGAGGCCUUCCGCAGAAGAGGCAAACUUUACUUGGUUUUUGAAUAUGUGGAGAAGAAUAUGCUGGAACUGCUGGAGGAACUGCCCAAUGGAGCUCCACCAGACAAAGUGCGAAAUUACAUCUAUCAGUUAAUCAAAGCAAUCCACUGGUGCCAUAAGAAUGACAUCGUCCACAGGGAUAUCAAGCCUGAAAAUCUCCUUAUCAGCUCCGAGGACAUUCUCAAGCUCUGCGACUUUGGCUUUGCCCGCAACCUGUCAGAGGGGAGUAAUGCCAACUACACUGAAUAUGUGGCCACACGCUGGUACCGCUCCCCAGAGCUUCUGCUAGGGGCGCCCUAUGGAAAGGCUGUGGACAUGUGGUCAGUGGGCUGCAUCCUGGGGGAGCUGAGCGACGGGCAGCCCCUGUUCCCUGGCGAGAGUGAGAUCGACCAGCUCUACACCAUCCAGAAAGUUCUGGGUCCUCUGCCGCCCGAGCAGAUGAAGCUGUUCUACAACAACCCCCGCUUCCAUGGCCUACGGUUCCCUGCAGUGAACCACCCUCAGACCCUGGAGAGACGGUAUCUGGGGAUCAUCAGUGGCCUGAUGCUGGAUCUGAUGAAGAACCUCCUGCAGCUGAACCCGUCCGAGAGAUUUCUGACCGAUCAGAGCCUGAACCACCACGCCUUCCACACCCUGCGCCUGCUGGACCGGACCGGACCACCCUCACCCACACCCCCACGCUCCUCCAAGAGAAAGCCUUAUCACAGCGAGAACAACGCCUCCAACAGGAAUCAUGGAGGCAAGAGCUCAGGACACCACCGUUCAAACAGCAAGGACUGCUCCAGCCUGCCCCGCCAUGAGGACCUGCACCCCAGCAACGACAGUUUUCUCAACGGAAACAUGCCGGCCUCGACCAGCCUCAGCCCCACCCUCCACCCCAAGACCUACCAGGCCCAGUCCCUCAACCGCUCGGCCUCCAGCAGCAAGGACCUGGCCAACAACAACCUGCCGCACCUCCUCAGCCCCAAGGACACCAAGGGGAAGACUGAGUUCGACUUCAGCGUGGGGGCCAAGGCAGCCGACGGUCCCGGAGCCAAGUACCUGAAGUCCAACUCGCGCUCUCAGCAGAACCGCCACUCCUUCAUCGAGGGCAAGACGAGCACGCUGCAGUCCAGCGAGAAGCACGGCCGCCACAGCUACAUGGAGACCUCCCAUGGCUCCAUGCCCUCCUCCACCAAGAGCGCCGCCUCCUACCUGAGCUUGUCCAAGAGCCACGGGGCACUCAGCGACGCCAAGUCCGUGGGCAACCUGAGCGAGGCGCGGCUGCACCCGGACGACCAGCCGGGACCUGGCUCGCGCUACUUCCCCUCCAGCUGCAUGGACCUCAAUGUCCCAGGGAGCCCGUCCGGGCGACACGGCGAGCGGCCCGCCCUCAGCCCCUCGGGCCGGGCCAACCCGCGCCUGGAGAGCGGGACGCUGGACUCCCGCCGUUCCUCCGCCCGUCACAAAAACCUGGAGGAGACCGUGUCCCCGGAGCUGCUGGAACCGGGCGGGGGAGGCGGCGGGGUGGCCGGAGGGGCCGGAGGGAGCCAUGCUCACUCCCUGUCGGCGCCCCACGAGUCUUUCCCCUACGGUCUGGGCUACACCAGCCCCUUCUCGUCGCAGCAGCGUCCCCACCGCCACUCCAUGUACGUGAGGCGGGAGCGGCACCGGCUGCACGGGCCCGACCCCGGCCUGGCGGUCGGGCAGGGCAUGCCCACGCGAGCCAGCAGCCUGCAGCUCCUCUCCCCGCAGCUCCAGCACCGCACGCUGACCCGCCACUCCGGCGGGUCCUCCAGGGAGGACUGCACCGAGGACGUGAGCAGGAGCAACCAGUCUCCUACAGAGGCGACCCACACCCGAGCCCCGAUAAAAGACUCCACGCGGGACAACACAGCACCCUUUCCCACACAGCGUCAAAAAAGCGAGGUUGGCAUGUACCAUGACACACACCUGGAGGAUGGCGCGUCGUCCAAGGAGAACCGCAUCAUCUACAGUGACUCCAUGCCGCGCCGGGUGGGCAGCUUCUACAGAGUACCUUCCCCCCGACCGGACAACACCUUCCAUGAGAGCAGCGUGCCAGGCCGGGGGUCUGGAGGGGGCGGGGAUAACAGUGCCAUGACCAAUCAUUCUAAGCGCCAGACGACCUUCGACCCCUGGAACACUCCGGAGGCCGUGACCAUGAACCCUCCGGAACCUUCCAAAGAGAAGGAGAAGCAGGGCUUCUUCAGAGCAAUAAAGAAGAAAAAGAAGAAAUCUCAAACGACAGAAUUCGACGAUGGAAGGAAUCCGAGCAUCAAGAAAUGCCUUUUCCCUCUGUUUAAUUCAAAGAAUAAUAUAAAACAUAGCUUCUCUAUGAAAGCCCCUCCCGUAGUCUCCUCACCUAUGCAGGUUCCCAGCGACGGCCAGGAUCAUGUGGUCAUACAGAAGGCCGUUCGGUCUUCCACUCACCAGAGCAGCCGGCACAGGAACCGCGAGAGAGACCGCGACAGGGACCGGGAUCGCGACCGAGACCGUGACCGCGAUCGAGAACGAGAGAGAGAAAGGGAAAGAGAACGAGAGAGAGACCGAGAUAGAGACAGAGAUAACGAGUGGCCUCCAGAAAAGCUGACCGAACCCCACUCUCAGAGUCAGCCGCUGAAAUCCCUGCGCAAGCUUCUGCACCUCUCCUCCUCCUCCGCCAACCAGGCCACGCCCGCCGAACUGCGCUUCCAGCCGCUGCCUAACCCCCCCUCUAAGGGAGGCUUCAGCGAGGGGAGGGGCCACCCUAGCAGCGGCUCCGCCCAGCCCAAGAGCCGCCAGGCUGCCUACCCUCUGGCCGGCCAGAUCGAGUCCAACUGGCACGUGUCGGCCCUCAACCGGGCCGAGGGGACCGGCUACCCCGAGCAAAUAUCCGGCAAGGUGGGCCAAAACGGGCCUGGGUUUGCCCGGCCACCCCGGGCCCGAAUGCCAAACCUCAACGACCUGAAAGAAACCGCUCUGUAGAAGAGUCACGCCCUGGUCCCCACUAGCCACACUUUCCCCCUCUACAGCUUCCCCUACCGGCUACUGAACCUGUACCCCACAAACAAGCGAGGGGGCCGUGGCUUAAAAGGCUCUACCCUCAGCCGGAGGGUAGCGCUCUGUAUGUCUUAAGUUUUUUUAAGCUUCCAUAUUUGAUAUAAUUUGUAAUAUUAUUUAUGAAAUUCUGAUUACAAUGUUUUUUUUGUUUUAAAAUAAAUACAUUGCAGUUUAAAUGUAAAAGAAAUAUAUGUACUAUAUAUGACAAUUGAAAAAAAGUAUAGUAUACGUGCGAGAGCUAUAGUUUAUACACAAAAAUAAAUAUAUAAAUUUUUUCCUGCAUAAUAAUGCUAUAUUUCAUUAUGGGUAUUUAGUUGUUUGUAUCUGAAGUAUAUAGAUUUUUCAGAUUUAAGAGUAUUGUUGUGAAAAUAUUUGCCAUUUUUGUUUGCAAUUUUUUUGUUGGUUUUCCCCCGUUUUAAUUUUUUUAUUCUAAUGUGAACCCAUUGAUUGGAGGAGCGGAAACACGUUUUUGUUUUCUUACCCAGCCUAGCUGAAGACUGCUUUGGCUGUGUUGUGCAACUUGGGCUACUUUUCCGCAUUUAUUAUGAACAUAUACAUUCAGAACCCCUGUUAGAACCCCUGCCUGAACGGAUAAAAAAUACUUGGGCCGCUUUUCCCCUGUGACUAUUUAUUGAACCAUAAGACCAGCAGCCUUGGGCUUCUGCUCUUCUUGUGAGGGUGUCACCACUCCUGCAGUGCAUUCUGGGAGGUGGCACAUAAUCGCAGAAUGUUGAUAAGGAGCCUUUGACUUUUCCCCUCUCACCAUUUUGUUGCCGAAUCGAGGCAAAACAAACACAUAGGUGCAAUGGCAUUUCUUACGCAGAAGCGUAGCGGCACUAUCACUGGGUAGAAUGCACUGUUUGGUACUGUUUGACGAGCUGUGAUGUAUGUAAUGCGAGGGGGCAAUAACGUGUCUUUCUGAAGUGCUUACAGAGCCGAGAGAGGGCACGUAAAUACGCUGUUCCAGUCAGGGUCAGAACCCGCUGCUGCCUUCCACUUUCUAGUAAGUCAGCCAGUUUAAAGAGUUAGCAAGGGUUUACUGUUUUUGUGUUGACUUGAUCUAGCCAUCGAUAAUAUGGUCAAAAUAAACACCCAAGUUAAAACCUACAAGUUUUCUAGAUAAUGGUCUCCUGUCCCGGACACUCAAUGUAAUAACCACACCCACUGUAAAUGUAGUAACCACAUCCACACUUAAUGUUUUAGACCCAGCAUCUAGUACAUAAGAAUACCUAUACAAUCACAAUUUCAAAAAUCUUUUUGUUUUUCAGUAAGUUGCAAAAGCAUUGAAUUAGGGUGUAGUUACCCUUUCCACUGUGGGGUCUGUCCCCUUUGAAACUGGAGUAGUACUGCUCCUCCAGGCCAGGGUAAUACCAAUCCCAGGGACACCCCUCCCUGCAUGUCAGACUGCACUCUGGCAUGCCUGACAGUGCGACACCAGACAUAGAGAGAGAAUGAAGUCCAUCCCACCCACACUGCUUUUCAGAAGCCUUUCAUCUUUCAGUCUAUGGCUAGAGAAAUAGCUAAGAAAAUCAAAUGUAACCAGCACUGACUAUGCUUGAGUUUAGCCUUUUUUAAAUAAGAAUUGCAGUGGUCACAGGUAAUUACUCUUUAUGAAUUACAUAGGUAAUUAGGAAUUACAUGAAGUAGGAGUUAUUUAAAAAAUAAUUAUAUCGAGAGAAUAAUCAAUAUAUUUAGUAAUUGCCAACAAAAAGACAAGCAAUACAACCUGAGUUCAAAAAUAUUAAGUGUUGAAUAUCUUCACAGGUUUAUUUUAACCAGUUCUCAGCUAUACAACUGUUUUGAUAUACUAAUGUGCAUUGUAAAUAGCUCAAAGAGUAUUUAACCCCUUUCGCGCAGGUGCCACAACUGGCCAGUCUUUGCCUAUAUAUGUAGUGUUCUGUUUCAGGCUUUGUAACUACGGGUGUGAGCAUCACAGAGACUUUGCUUAAAUUUACAAAAAUAACUUUUGUUAGUUUAGUUUAUUUUCAUAAUUUCGGUAUAAAUAAGGUGUCAAGUACAAGUACAAGUACAAGUAAUGUAGGUGAAGUGCAAACAUUAAGUUUCUCUCUUUUAGUUUGGAAUGAAAAAACAGAGUCAAAUUGCAAAACAGGUUCAUCUACAUCUCCUUGACCAAAAGUGUGUAAACUCUGAGGGUGAUAUGAUGAACUAAUAAAGAUCUAUGAAGCAAAAUAUAAGCAGUAUACCCUGGUGUCCAUUAGUGUGUCCAAAUCGAUCUAAAAUGGUUAAAUUGUGCAUUAAUCAUCAUAUAUUGUACAAUUUUUAUUUAAUUUCAAGUGGGAAUUACUAUAUUUUAAUCAGCAUAGAGUCUUAAGAUAUCUACGGGUCCAAAACCUAUCCAAAACUACAGAAUCAAGUGUUUUUUGUCCAUUACAAAAACAAGUACAUUUGCACCUUGUGGUUUAAGAGAUGACAUUGAUAUCACAUUGGAAAAAAUUUUAAUGAAUGGGACACUGUGGUACACAUACCUAAACAUGUAAUCAUUCACUCUUGAGUUUUCCGUACUCUGAAGUAUGUCAUAUUUUGUUGCAAGGGGAUUUUAUUAUGAGGCAUAUCCAUUCUAACAAAACAUACAACUAUGAGCCAAGACGAUCGCUAGCACUGCCCUGGGUAUGCUACAGCUAUUUAUCCCCCAACCCAAGCAUUCCUAGCAUUAUUAGCAAAGGCAAUGCCAAAGCCGUAAUACAUACAUCUUUGCCAUGUGUCUUAGAGUGCAUGCUUCCUCAUCUUCUUCAUCUUCUUCACACUCCCCAAAUCCAUGUGAACAUGGCUAGAAUUUGCUUUUGCCUUGCAAAUGAGUCGCAAAAUUCGUAAAAAGCUUCAAAAAACCAGAGAAAAAUGUAACUUACGACUCGAUUUCCUGUGUAUUACUACGUUUUGGAUUAAAAAUUGUAGUGGUUACGCUCAGCCCUCAGUCACAGAUCUAAUUUUACAAUUGUAUACCGUUUGAAAUAUUAUACUGUUCUCUACUUGGUAAAAGAGUUGUCAAUCAAUCAAAAUGAAAUUGAAAGAUUUGACCAGUGUUAAUAGCAACUUUGAUGCUAUGCAUGGCCAAUGUAAAUGCCUACCACCGCUUUCCAUUUGCCUGUCUGUUUCCAAAAUGGAUUGUUCCAGACAAUAAAUUACCACUAGAUCUUAAAAGGGAUAUAUCCACAUGUAAGACCCAUGGUAAGAUUGUAUAUUUAUUCCAUAUUUAGUCACAGAUAUUGAUAGUACAAUGGUGAGGUUUACGCAAUUACUACAUUUUUCUCCCCUAUAUCCGAUAUAUAUUUGGGCUGUUUUUUGGCUUUAUUUUGUUGCUACGACGAAAUACCAUUUUUUUUUCUGGUGAUGUGUUCGUAUGUAUCCUUGAGUUCAUGCUCCCAGAUAGACGCUAUUGUGCAAUGUGUCACGCUAGUCGCAGAUGAGACUGGGCCGGGGUGCUUGUUGGUGCUUGCCGAACUAGCGACAAUGGUGGCACUUCGAAACUCAGUAUUUUAUUUUGUUUUAGUGUAUCGCUUACUAAUAAAGCUAGAACACAGAGUGUAUUGCUUCCACUCAUACUGCAGUUUGGUUGCAGGUACACUGAAAUCUGAGUUGAUCGGUGUCAGGACACCGGCACCAUGGCCACAAGGGGGGCUUGCGCGAAGGGGUUAAGAUGUCAGUCGCAGGUAACUAGCUAUUCAAUUACUCAUCUCUAUUUGAACAAAUAUGAUCUCCUCUUUCCCCAAGCACUGAAUCUCACCUUCUAUGUAACAAAGAUAGUUUCUCGUCCUCUGACCUAGUGACUCUUCAAAUAUGUUUUGCACAGCAAUGAGCCAUCUUUGACCUGUCUGCCUAAGAUGGCAUCCUUUCGCCUGGCAUUGAGGACACUUAAGAUAAAUGUUGAUUAGUCUAAUUGUAUUUUAUGGACAUGUAGAAGAAACAAAAAAAAAACAAACACUACAAAAAGUAGCUCAGUUAAGUCUCAUUGUCUGUUCUUAAUAGUGCACUUUAAACAGGCUAAGUAGUCAAAAAAUUAACUAUUUCUCUUCACUUUGUGUUCAGUGCUCAUACGGUGUUUUAUGAAUAUUAAAUACGGGAUAUUUCCUUUCUGCCUUGGUGUCACCACGAUCGCAACCACAGAUUUUAGUAUUGUACUUGUGUUUUGUGUAUUCCAGGUAUGUUAACUAAAAAGUGAGUAUGUAUCUACAGUUUCUACUUUACAUAAGUUAAUGUAUUUUUUCUGGAAAGAUUGUUAUGUUGAAAAACACAGUGUAUUAUAUUAAUACCAAUGUGUGAUUAUUUCUUUGGUAAUAUUUAUAUAUUAAAAAAAAAACUAUAGACAACUGAAAUGAAACAGAGUAAACCGUUUUUGUGGUUGUAAUCCAGGCACAAUCAUAAACUCGUAGCAUAGAUUUAUCUUUUUUUUUGGUUUGUUUUGUUAGAUUUUUUUGUGGGAGCAUUAUUGUUAUGUUAUGAAAAAUCUGAAGGGACUGAUGGGAAAUUAUUGGCAUUCAAAAUCACCGUUUACAUCUGCUUCGGUCUAAGGUUCUCUUAAUAAAACCAACUGACUUGAAUUUUUUACAAAUUGAAACUGGAACUGUCGCCAACCUAGUCAAAAGCCAGGGGAAAUCAAAUCCAACUGUUUCAUAGUUUAUGAUUAUCCUGCGACAGGAAAAUGUAUUGGGGUUUUUUCUUGACAUGAUAUAACUAAGAUAAGUACUUUACAUACUUGUAAAUAGACACCAAUCCUCAAUGGGGUCUGGACCACCAACAUUUGAUUUCAAGACUCAGAAAACAAGUGUGACUAGUUUUAAGUUGAAAUGAGCAAUACUGCAAAAAAAAAAAAAGAAAUGUCAUGUGAGAUGGCAUUGUCCCUUUUGCCACUGCCUAGUGAUGCAGUAUAGGGCAGGGAUAUUGUAUUAUCCCUGGUAUAGGGACAUAAGUCAGAGCAGAAAUGUUGGGGAGGCAGUUCUGUGGAUGCAGGUGGAAAGUCAUCUGUUUCUGAUGGCGGUCAUUAGUGAUCAUUGUAUUGCCCACUUCAGCAUGGCGUAGCAACAUUCAGAUUUGAGCAGCAGUAGAACCUGUAGCUGUUAAGGUUGUGGAGAUGGCUAUCUUUGAAUGCUUUCCUUUCCACUAUGGGGACCUGUGUGGGUUUAAUCAACAUUUGUGGUUUAGUGCAUGGACAUACAGAUUUUGCCAAAACAUAAAUAAUACUGUACAGCGGACCAUUGUUAAACUUCUCUUAUUCUCUUAUUCCUCCUGUACAGUCCACUAAAGUAAGUUUCUGAAAACAAUUCAGGCGAAAAAUAUGCAAUGAUUCAUAUUUUAUCUGCAACGGUUAAUUCGAAAUUUUGAUCCGAGUUCUGUGAGACCGGCGAGCUAAAUACGAAAACUGGUGAAUGCGCCAAGUUCUCUUAAAUCACUCCUACCAGCAAUUUAUGAACAAAUCUGUUUGUACAAGUGGUUCAUGCAUGAGGCCCAUUGUGUUAACCUUUGAUCAUCUGUGAGGGACCCCUGAAAUUGUGAUUUUAGGGCAACAUCCCUAUGCUGCUGCAGGAUCUCCCUCAGUUCUGUCUUUCUCCCACGAUCCCUUGGCCCAAUGCAGACACACGCAUGCCAGGUUUAGUUACUGUAAUGUACAGAGCCAUUUGGCCCUGAGCAGCCUUUCUACCGGUUAUAAUUUUGGGUUUUGAUUGCCUUAAUCCAGAGUAGGUAACCUUGAAACGGGAAAGUACGGACCUCUACGGCUAAGGGAAUGUCUCUCCAGUAAUUAACACACUGCCAUACUGAUACACCAGGGUCUUAACAUUGAACGUGAUUGGCCUUAUUUUAGCUAAACUGCUUUCAACAACACACAGAAUAGUUAUGUGAUAAACCCAGGUGUAUUUAAGAAAAUAAAAGCAUGACAUUUUGGGGUCCAAGCCAUUUUUCAGACAAUUUUUAAAUCAGCUACUGCCAAUAUAAACAGAGCCAUGUCGGCCAUUGUUACUGUAACGUGGGGUAAAUGUGUCUCUCCAUGCCAAUAAAUGUUGGCGCACCUCUCGUAUUCACCCAGACACAGCGAUUUUCAGCCUGGUGUAAAGGAAAACACUCAGCACAGUUGGCCUCUCCACAAUGUGUGUACCGGACACAAACCACGGAGGCAACCUUCAGGCCUUCUUCACUAUCAGGGGCUACAGUGCACAGCUAGGAUCAGUUCUGCUAUCCUGAUUUUCCAACGUUAGGCUUCUGAGUGAAGGGGAGAAGAUGGGUCCUUCCCAAGAUGCAGUCACUUGUGUGUAUACAAAUACUCGGGAAUGGCACCUGAAUCUGCUGUUUAGAAUGUGUUUUUCUGCUUGAUUAUUUCACCCUUAUCUUUGGGGGGAAAUUAAAUUUAAAAAAGAAGAAAAAAAAAAACGAUGCACAGACACCAACAACAAAAUGGUGUAUAUCUCCAAUGCCUGAAUUUAACUUUGCUCGCUAAAAUGAACAGUGAAGGCAAACGUGUUUCAAGAGUGUGACAACGCAUAAUAAAUGCAAGGUGUGUAAUCUCUACCGUUAUCAUUCUUACCUUUUCGUAAGGGGUUCGCUGCAGACCAUGACUCAUUCAAGCUUCUCCUUCUGUUGUUGAAUACCCAUGACAGUUCCAUUUUGUUUUUGUGUUCACCUGGGAACGCUUUCGAGAAACGGAAUAUGAUGUGACGCUCAGGGCUGAACUCCUCAUUUUGCCACAGCGAGUGAGGAGACUGGUUUGGGGGUGCUGUCUAAGGCUUAUACUGCUGCUAAAACCGCGCUAAGAAGUCUGUUGUACCAAAUUGGGUCUGACUGGGGUCAAGUGCCACUUUAGGGGGAAAAUGACAAAAAAUAAAACGUAUUUCACUUCACAUGUACAGUAUUGUCAUAUGCAGCAGAAAAAAAUGUCAAGACAGUAGUUCCAAAACGUGCCACUUUGUCUGAAUGAAUGGGUCUGUCUCUCCCGGCUGUAUGUAACCACUCAUGUGUAUGUACCCACAACUUGUGUUUCAGGGGGCCUUGAGCCGAGUCAGAUUUAACAUGCUAACAGUAUUUUAGUAUUUCUAAAAAGCAGGUUAUUUUCUGGGAGUUCUUUUUAUUUGCCCCCCCCCACAGCAUUUGCCACCCCCAUGUUUUCAUUUGGUCCGGUUUCCAUGGUUUCUGUGCUUAUAUCUUAGCAUGACACGAUUGCCGUUUAAAUAUUGCUGCUGUAAAUAAUUACCAUGUUUACGUACUCCCAUGUCUGGCAUGAACACGGCUCAUUUUUAUUAAGAACAUUAUUCCUUUUCUUUUUUUUUGGAUGGACUUUGCAAAACAUGUCUAUUAAAAAUGCAGGUUUUGCCCCUCAACACUGGGCUACUGUGAGUGUUUUUUUCUUUGGUGUUGACAUUUUAUUCUGUUUCACAAUAAAGCAGUGACAACAUUUUGA